AUGAGACACCCAGUGAUACUUUUCCUCUUUUGUAAUCAAAUCCAUGCACUAAAUUUCAGGCAGGAACCUGGUCAGGAUGUUUUUCAGGAACACCCUGAAGCUUCUGGUACAUUGAUGGAUGACAUUUUUGGCUCACUGAUUACAAUUGAUAACCAGUUUUUUCCUGGACAAACUUCUGAACAAAUGCAGCAGUAUUCUGGAAGUGAUACAACACAUGCAAGUGCAUCCUCUGUAUUCAAGUUGAACAAAUUGCGGUUCCCUGAAGACGACGACCUUUCCGACUUCACUGGACUGGGACCCCUAUAUUCGGGCAUUGUCACCUUUGCUCACCUGCCUGAAUCCAAUUGCUUCUUUGAUCAAGAGGAAGCAAUCGACAUUGCAAUCUCUGGUGCUCCCUUUGAUUUGGGUGUGUCUUACAACAGUGGUGCACGAUUUGGCCCCAAUGGUGCACGCCAAGGAUCUAGGAGAUUGGGCUCUGGGAACAAUCCUAUCAGGGGCAAUAACAAGUCAUCGAAAUUGAGACGUCUGGACCCUUAUCACGCAGGACUAAAGAUUGUCGAUUGCGGAGAUGUUCCAAUGACACCAUUUGAUUCCAGAAUUGCUCUGAACCAACUGUAUAGAGGUCAAAGAGCAAUCCACAAACACCCUUCCCUCAAUUCGACUCGCUAUAAUCAGACACGUAUUGUGACUUUGGGAGGUGAUCAUACAAUUACCUUGAUGAAUUUGAAAUCUGCCUUUGAAACCUUUGGCGAAAUCGAUGGUCUAGCCGUGAUUCAUUUUGAUGCUCACAUUGAUACCUGGGAUCCAAAAGUUUUGGGCGGAGGAAUCUCUGAUUACGCAAGUUUGAAUCAUGGCACUUUUCUUCAUUAUGCAACAGAGGCUGGGUACGUUUCUAAGAACCACAGUGUUCAUGUUGGUAUAAGAGCUCCAUUCAUUUCAUCUGAUGAUGAAAGGCAUGAUGCAGAAGAUUGUGGGUUUCAAACAUUCACAUCGAAAGAUAUUGAUAUCUACGGUACCAGAGGAAUUGCUAAGAUGAUUAAGAAAAUUGUUGGGGACAAGAAGGUCUAUCUGACCUUUGAUUUGGAUACAUUUGAUGUUGGUCUUGUGAAUUCGGGAACUUUAGAGGCUGGAGGUCUCAGCACAAGAGAGGUUUUGACUAUUUUGGAUGGCCUUGAAGGUAUUGAUUUGGUGGGAUCAGACAUUGUUGAGGUUAGCACUGCACCAAAUACAAUCAAUAGUGCUAGUACUGAACUUUUAGCAGCUCAGGUUGUUGACUCUUUACUUGGGUUGAUGGUAGUCAAUGAUAUACCAUGA